AUGGCUUCAAAAUACAAGGACAAAGAUAUUGGCGUUGUCCUAAGCUUCAAUGGAAGUUUGAUGACUGGGACGCUGAUUCGUGGUGUUCUAGCUGCUUUCUUUAGUGCAUUGGUUAUCGGUGUUUACUUACACUACCACAAGAUCGUACAAAAUGAGUUCUACGGUUAUCCGCAAGAAUGGUUCCCCUCAGUCUCUGCGACUAUUGGCGAUCGGUACCCCGAGCGGUCGUUCUUCAUGAUCUUCAUUGCCAUUACAUCCGGCCCUCGGUUUGCCCUCGUCGGUUUAUGGUACCUCCUCACGCGAAAGCCCGGCCAGAAGCUGCCUACGUUCGUUGCUGUCAUGGGCCUACUUCGAACUCUGACCUGUGGCGGCUGGACAUACAUUACAUCUACGGACGACCACGAUUGGCAUGAUAUUCUCAUGAUUUCUUACAUUGUUGCGACACUUCCGUGGACGACUGGCUGUAUCGCACUCAGCCCCGCCAAUCCUCAGGCCAUCAAAUAUCGCAAAUACUUGGCAUCUGCCUUUUUCGGCACUCUUGUGCCACUGAUCUAUUUCUUCAUUCAGCACAAGGUGCAUCGUGUCGCUGGAGCUUACACGACUUACGCCUUCUUCGAGUGGUCAUUGAUCAUCUUUGAUGUGGCCUUUGACGCCGUGACGGCUCUCGAUUUCAGUACCUUCGCCAUUGAGGUUAGAGAUAUCAAGGGUGCGAGCAAGGGUGAGAACCUGUCCUCUAUCCCAUCCGCCGUCCUGGAAAAGGAAAAGGAAAAAGCAACCGGCGGUGUUGUUGCUGUUCGCUUCAGCUGGCCCGAAGCACUUGACAUUGCCGCUGAAGUCUAUCAUGGAUAUGUUUUCUGGACUAUUCUAACUAGUCUGGGACUUGUAGUGUGGUACUUCCCGCUUUGGUACAUGGGCAUUUCAGGAUACGAAGUUCUGGUCAUGACAACGAUUUCACCGUUCAUUCUGGCCAGUCGUUCAGCUCGGUCUCUUGUCGUGAACAACUUGCGCGCAGUACACCUUCUGUCUCUCGCAGGCAUCGCAGCCUAUCUGGUUGAGGAACCCAGUUACCGCCUGUUUACGGUUGGAUUUGGCGUUUUUAUGUCCUGCUUAGGGUGGGCCGGUACCCUUUUCGCGGAGUCAGUUCACGAGGGCCGCCUUGAAUCAAAGAUCCUGGGUUGGAUGAUUGGUCUUAUUCUUUCCUCUACUGCCAAGUUUGCGUGGUGGACGAAUAACCCUAUUUGGCCUAUUAUGCAUGCUGCGAAUGGCGGUUGGAACAACACUGGUCUUGUGCUGGGUGUUCUAGCCGCCCUCCGCUUCACCAGACGCGCACCCCUCGCUGCCGGUUUGGCCCCACGGCCCGCCAAGAGUAGCUCGAGUUUCCUUUCAUCACUCGGUCUUGCUGGGUUAUUCUUUGGCCUCCAUUCUUUACUCUCUGAUACCAGCACCAUGAUCCUCUGGGGAUGGGAGGGUUAUCCCAUUCGUGGCCCAUACUUCUCCACACAUGGCUGGCUCACUGUUCUUGCCAUGUCACUUGGUCUGUUCGGCGGAGUCUGGCAGCCUAGGCUUGCAAGCAGCUGGGGAGUCUAUAUCAUCGGUACCGUCGGUGCGAUGUUUUUGACUUUCUUCAGUCAUUGGUCCGGUUACUACGGUGCUCUGACGCUUGCCACCUACUUGAUGGCAUAUUCUGUGCCCAUUUUGACCCAUGCAGCCAAGACAAAUCCUACGACAACUUUUGGCAACGGUUUCCUCAUAUACAACUUCUUGGUACUCUUCCACGUUUGGGUUGUGGCAUAUGCCUUUGUUCCGGGUGGCCAACUCGUUCGUGAGCAUACUGACUGGAUCAUGUACACGAUGAUGGCCUGCAUUGGUGCUGGCGUGUAUGGCAUCAAUGCCUCAGGUCAUCAACCGCAACCUUCGAAACGGUCUGUGCCGAUCCAGCAGAGGAAGUAUUUUGGCGUUGCGACCAUCCUUAUCAAUGUUUUCUUCUUGGUCUCGGCCUUCCAGCGGUUCCCUAGCAACAACUAUCAGCCUUAUCACGCUGAUGACCGCAUCCUCACUGCAGGUAUUUGGACGAUCCACUUUUCGUUUGACAACGAUAUGUGGGCAUCAGAGUACCGUAUGCGAGACCUCAUUAAGGAAUUGGAAAUUGAUGUCAUCGGACUUCUUGAGUCCGACAACCAGCGUAUCAUCAUGGGUAACCGUGAUGCUACGCAGUUCCUUGCUGAGGAUCUCGGCAUGUAUGUUGACUACGGUCCUGGCCCCAAUAAGCACACAUGGGGUGCCGCUCUUCUGUCAAAGUUUCCUAUCCUCAACUCGACGCAUCACCUUCUACCUAGUCCUGUGGGUGAACUGGCUCCUGCUAUCCAUGCGACACUGGAUGUCUAUGGCCAGCUCGUCGAUGUAUUUGUCUUCCACUCCGGGCAAGAAGAGGAUCCUGAAGACCGACGUCUGCAGUCACUUUACCUCGCUGACCUAAUGGGCUCGACCCCUCGGCCAGCCUUCUUGCUUAGCUAUUUGGUGACAAAACCAAAGGAGGGUAACUACAACACUUAUGUGAGCGAGAAGUCGGGUAUGAAAGAUGUAGACCCGUCAGAUUGGGACCGAUGGUGCGAAUACAUCCUUUUCAAGAGACUCAAGCGUGUGGGAUACGCGCGCGUGAGUCGCAGCUCGAUUACCGAUACGGAACUACAGGUUGCCAAGUUCAAGAUCCCCGAGUCCAAAGAGGAGAUCGAGAAACUGGAUGCCCAGCCAGAUAAGGAGCGUAAUCGCCGAGUAAAGGAGGAGGAGGUCCCUGAGGGUUGGAGAUUCCCCGCAAUGUUCCGGGGUGACGGCGUGCGAGAGCACAGAUACCAUGUGUUCAACGAGCCGAGGUAUUUUAACUAG